UGGAAAUCUACUAAUGUGAAGUUAAAUCUUCUUUGCAAUAUUGCAAAUUUUGAGAAUAUUGACGCUAUAAAUUUUUAUGGAAUAUCAAAAAAGAUCCUUGUUCAUUUACAAAAGUAUUAUAACUAUAUUAGUUUGAAACUUUUGCCUUAUUCAAAUGAAAAGUAUUUUUCUGGAAAUAUAAGGCAAUGCUAUAGACUUGAUAAAUGCCAACGAAACAGUCAUUUUUUCACUAAAUUACAUAAUUCAAAGAAACAUACUAAACUUAUAUAUAAUCAAAAGAAGAUAAGAUAUAUUAACCAUAAACUAAGAAACAAUUAUUUAUCCAUCAAUAAAAAGAAGAAUAACAAAGAAGAAAUAAAUAGUAAAAUUAAUUCAAAUUAUAUUUGGAAUUCUAAUGGAAUGCAGAAUUAUACAGUUGCAACUACUCUUUUUCCUAAAAUUGAAAUGGGAAAAACUGUUCCAUUAUAUGAUAUUGUGGACUUAUUUGCAAACUUAAAUUUAGGCCAAGUAAAAAAUAAUACUAAUCCUGUUAAUGUGAUAACAAAGUAUGAAGAUAAUCUGGAUAAUGCAGACAAUGAUAAAUCAACUUUAUCCAAUAAUAUAAAUUCUAUGUGUAAAGUUAUGAUGGAAGAAUCAUUUCAUCAUCCUUUUACUGGCAAAUCAAAUGAAAUUAUACAAUUAUCAAAUUAUAAUUACAUUAAUACGAAUUAUUCUAAUACACAAUGUAAAGUAAAUUUUAAUUCUGGAAAUACUUUCAAGAAAGGAUGUUCAAACAUAAAGUAUUUGAUAAAUGAUAUUCCACCUAAAGAAGCUAUAGAAGUACAUUCUGAAGAUGUUUCAUGCAAAGCACGUUCUAUACAAUGGAGUACUGAAGUUGAUGUGAUUUAUUAUACUGGUGAUGCAAAUGGAGAUAAAGUAAUAUGGAGAGAAAUAGAGCCACUUCAUGAAGAAACAUAUCAACAGGCAAAUCAUAAUGAUUUUCUUCGGAUAACUCUGACAAAUUAAAAUAUAAAUUCUUCUAUGAAUAAUUAUCAGUCUUUUGAUUCUUAAGUAGGUACACUUACUAAAUCAAUUUGUAAAGAUCUAUAAUGUAUUAUUAAAGACAAUAUUAUUAAAUAAUAUAUUUUGUAUAUUAUA